AUGAAUAGCGGCAGGGUUUGGGUCCGAAUAGUCUUUCUGGUCACCUUUUUCCAGCUCUCAAAAUCUCAGGACGUUUGGGGGAUUGUACUACCUACGGUGAGUAUAAUUUAAAGAUCUUCGGUGAACAUUUGGAUUGGAUGGAAAUUGAAAUGUCCUUAACUUCAAAAUAUAUUUUGUGAAUUUUUAAUUUGCUCUAUUAGUGGUUUCAUGGAAAGCUUGUUAGGAAACGGGAAAAUUCUCGGUUUGAAAAAAAUCAGAAACAAAAAAAGUUCAUUAUAUCCCUGUCUAACAGGAAGUUUAAAAGAGCUUUCAGUUGUUUCAAAAUCACUUUGUAAUUUAGAGACGGAGAAAGGAACUUUUUUGAAGUUGUUCGUGUCCUUUUUCCCCCAGCCCUCCUUCAGAGUGGUCUUUCUAGGGGCAAUCUUAAAGGCUCUCUGAAGGUCCUCUCUCUGGACCACUCUACCGACCCCUAUAGGGGCCACUAUAGGGGACAUGCUAAUCGAAUUCUAAGCGUAGAAGCAUUCCCAUGCGAAAAACUAAAAAGUAAUACUUUUUGAAUGAAAUUGAAAAGCCCCUAUAGGGUCCACUUGAGCUUUAGGGACUAGGGGUCAGACCCUAAACCCCAUAGGGACCACUUUAUCUUACCCUUUAAGGGACCACUUCUCCUCCCUAACCCCUAUAGGGACCUCUCUGAAAUUCCUAAGUAAUCCUGUUUUUAAAAACAUGGGCGAAUAAUUUUCGAAUGAAAUAUAAAUUCUGCACCAUUUUUUGAAGCUUGUGAGUAGGAACAAAUGAGAAACCAAAAAAACUUAAGAUACAAAAAUUUUUUUUCAGAUAUCGCCACAGGCUUCAACGAGUUGCACAACCGUGAGUUUUUUUGAAAAGGCUUUUUAUUAUUAAAUGAAAAAUUAAAACUUCAAAUUUUUUUACUGAAACUCUGAAGAUUGGAAAAGGAAAGCUUUUUUUCGAAUUUCAAAAUAAUUUACGACAACCAUUUGUAUUCCUAUUUUUUUUGCUACUCACAGAGUUCCCAGACAAUUGAGUAAUAGGUUUAUAAAAAAGGCAUUGCAAAAAAGAACAAACUUGAUUUUCCAGGCAGCCUGGCUAGCGUGGAGCGACUGGUCGUCGUGUUCGGACACGUGUGGAAGCUGCGGAGUUCAUCUCCGGACCAGAACUUGCCUGACAACCGAUUCGAGUUGUACUUGUGCAGGGUUCGUUUCCAAUUUCAUCUUUUUUUUUUUGGAAUAAAUUUACUUUGAAAUAAACGCCAUAUACAGAAAAGCUCACAUAAGAAUUGAAAAAAUCAGAAAAACUUUCGGAAUUCAGAAGGUCCAAAAAAUUAACGCUCACCAAGCGUCUGAAUUUUGAAGGAAGCACAAAAAGACCUAAAAUACACGAAAAACAGAUUUUUUAGAAAGUGGGCUCACAAAAAAAUUUGGAUUGUAAAAUGAGUUUUCUGUUAACGAGAGCCAUUUGAUGAUUCCAUGCCUAAUAAGCCAUUUUUCUUCUCUUUUUUACCCUGAUAUAUAUUAUAUCUCUAGAAAAAUUUACUUUCUUAGGAACUCCAGAGUGGUCCCUAUAGGGGUACCCUUAGGGAACCUUGGAGGAUCCCCUAUAGGGGCCCUAAAUCUUGCAAGAGUGGUCCCUAUAUGGGUUUUAGUUAGUGGGCUCUAUAGGGGACAUACUAAUCGAUAAUUUUUGUGUACUCUAUGCGAAGAAGUAUUUCCAUGCGAAAAAUUAAUUAAACAAGCGUUUUUGAAUGAAAUUGAAAGACCCCUAUAAGGCCCACUUAAGCUUUAUGGACUAAGGGGUCAAACUCUAAACCCCUUUAGGAACCUGCUUUUCCCUUAGACCCCUAUAGAGGCCUCUCUAAAAAUUCCUAAGUCUGAUCUGUAAAAAAGUCUGAUUGUUCAGCUUAACGUUCAUCAAAAAAAAUAAAUAAAUAAAUAAAUACACUGAAAAUUACAGGUCAGCAACCGAUGUUGAGUAUUGCAAUUUGGAAAUUUGCCGAUAUCCAAGGUCAACGUGUUGUUACAACUUAAAGGUGGGGUUCGAGAAGGUUCUUUCAUAAAAUUUUGAAAAAUAAAGCGAAAACAAUUGUUUCUUUGAGCCGAUUUUUAAUAAAAGACCACUCUAAAUUAGGCUUUGAAAAUUUUUGGAGUUCGACAGCUUGUCACAGCUAAAAAGUUUAUAGCAAAGUCGGAAAAGCCGAAAAAAAUUCCAUAGAAAUUUUUAGGGUGAGAAAGGCUCCUUAUUGCUGCCUUUUUUUAGCCAUUUCAUCGGCUCUUAUGCACCAUUUUUGCUGCCCUUUUCCACCAUUUCUUGAGCCUUUAAAUCCCAGAAAAAAAAUGGAAAAUUUCGAUAAAGGGACUCUUUUUGCUACUUUUUGAGCCUAGCCCUUUUGGCGGUUCGAAGAUUUUGAAAAUAUUUCAAUAAGGGCAAUAUUCAAAAAUUUUUUCCAAAAUCAAUUUACCUGAAAACGAUUUCAGGUAACGGCUUUAUCCGGCAAAUUCGCCUGUCUCUCAACCUCACCUGCUCCCGCACCAACAGCAUAA